AAAAAGUUCGGUGGCGCUAGCAGACCGCCGCUGGUCACCUUUUACCAGUGAAGUGAGGAGUAUUGUUUGGAGGAUUUAAAGGAAAGACUGCAACGAGAGCGUCAGAGAGCUGAAGCACACCUUCGCAGGGCGGACACGGGGAGACUGUAAAGACCGGCUGCGGUUAUGGGAGAGGGAACAUGCGGGAAAUGAGCUCGUGUGCGCGGAAGUUUGUGUUUACUUGCGCUGUGGUAGCUAGCGUUCUGGCCCUGUUAGCCUGUUAGCGAGAAAGGUGCGCUCCGUUUGAACGGGUUAGCAGCAACAUUUACAACUCAGCCCAGCUUAACGAGCGCGGUAGACAGUGGAAACAUGCUGGCCGUUUCCUAAAACUAACAACGAGCCGGGGGCAGGUGCUGCGGAUUGCUCAGACUCUUGGCACAUCGGUGCGGGCCACGAACUGUGAACUCUGAAGUUACUCGCAAAGAGGACACUUGAGACAUAAUCUCAACCUAUAGAUUAGCAUAACGUGAUUUAAACAGUAACUGCCACCGUCACUGCGGUUACGAAUGACCCAUCUUCUACAUCGGACCUAGUUCGUCGUCCUUGUCCGCAAUGGGGCCCCUGUUUGGCUGCUAAGACCCGUGGAAACGACCUGGAGCCCGUUAACGAUGGGGGGAUGUAUGGGAAGAUACUUGGAAGGCUGGGAAGAAUCACAGAGCCGAGGCUCGUCCAGGAACGGUGGACGAGGAGGACGUAAUGAGCCUCUGAAAAAAGAUCGUCCUAAGUGGAAGAGCGAUUACCCAAUGACGGAGGGCCAGCUACGGAGCAAGCGGGAUGAAUUCUGGGACACAGCUCCGGCCUUUGAGGGGCGGAAAGAGAUCUGGGAUGCUCUGAAAGCAGCUGCUGUGGCGCUGGAGUGUAACGACCACGAAUUAGCCCAGGCUAUAGUGGACGGAGCCAGUAUCACACUGCCACAUGGUACUCUGACAGAGUGUUACGAUGAACUUGGGAACCGCUACCAGCUGCCCGUCUACUGCCUGGCGCCACCCAUUAACCUCAUCUCAGAGCGCAGUGAUGAGGACCCCAGCGACAGCCCUGAACCCCCAGUAGCAUCCAAGAAGGAAUUCCAGCUCAAGGUGCGGCUGUCCACAGGAAAGGACCUGCGUCUCAGUGUCAGCAUGGUGGACACCAUAGGUCAGCUGAAGAAGCAGCUGCAAGCCCAGGAAGACAUCGAUGCUGCCCACCAGCGCUGGUUCUUCUCCGGAAAGCUGCUCACGGACAAGACGCGGCUGCAAGACACUAAGAUCCAGAAGGACUUUGUGAUCCAGGUCAUCGUCAACCCGCAGGCACUCCAAGCCCCCAAACCGUCGACGACAACCACCGCCUCCUCACCUGUACCUGAAUAACUGAGGACAAAGAGGGACUGAUGGAGGAGCGAUGCAGUCUAUGAAGGACCAGAGGUGCCUCCCGAUGCUGGAUAACUUGUUCUUCUUGACAACAGCUACUGUUACUGAAAGGAAAAAUAAAACUGUGAGGGGUACAAAACUACUUUGGAGCAAACAAAAAACACACAAGGGAGGAACUCAAAAGUGCUGCUUUUAUUUUUUUAAUCUUACCUAUGUGUGUUUUUUGUGUCUGCUGAGUUGUUCCAGUCACAACACGAACCAGAGAUGCUCGUCAUCUUUGCAAAUCAAAGCAGAGCUCCUCGUGCCGGCGCGCGGCCUUUUCUUAGCCACAUACAAAAUGUGCACAUCUGAGCGGCACAUGCAGACUCUGCCUUUGCCCUUUAGCCUGCUAGCAGAGUGCCAACAGAGGAAUCGCAGAGGCGUCGGUUGUAGAGCAUAUUUUUACUAUGACACUCAUAAACUCUGCACGGUUGCUCUUUCUCUUCCACAGAAACAGGAGAGGAAGGCAGGAAAUGCCGUGCUGAACCUUCUUUUUUUCUCUUCUUUCUCUUAUUGAGGAAAUAAUGUAAACUGGGCUUUUUUGCACAUUUAAAGAUUAGUACUUUUGUGGUAGUUUGUGUGCCUUCUACAAGACAAAAAAAAGGGUUAAGCACCUGCAAGUUUGACUGCUAGGCUAUUUUUUUAGAUUCAGGAACCCUUAGAUCAAUCUAAGCUAUAAGUGUUGCCUUUUUUUCUUUCUUUCUUUCUUUUAAAAGAUGUUUUAAGUCUUGCAGACAAAACAGGAUGGUUGUGUAUGUGUGUGGGGGUGCAAGAAGAUUAUGAAACUGACCUAUAUGAUGCAUUGAGAGACGAGGCUGGGGUAAAAGUCAUAGCUUAAGUCGCUCAUGCCAUUUAUUUAUCAGAAAGAGGAAUUCCCAUGGAAAAGGUGUUGUCUUAACUGCUGCAUUACUGACUCCGUAGUGACACCCUGACCAGCAGGAGGGGGCAGCACAGGCCUUAUAUAAUCACUUCAGUUGCUUAUAGUUGUUUUUUUUCUUUCCACCACUUGAUGAAUGUAAAUCCAGCCCUUUGGAUGUCACGUUUUCUUCACCAGCAUGCAGACGGUUUGAUGUGGAGCGGUGAGCGAAAGCAAAGAGCCGAAAGCUGAUUUUCGGUGAGACCGGCCGCACUGGUGACCCCUGCAUGUCGUACCUGCUGCUGUUAAAGCGGCCGUGUGAUGCCUUCUGCGGAUCGGGAAGGCAGCUUUAUUAAUGAGAUGAUGAGAUAUGAAACUGGAGGUGUGGCAUUUGGUCUUAAGCAUGCAGGGAAAGACAGCUGCUUUAUGGGAAACCUGUUGGCACUUGGUAGCUCGUACUAAUACUGCUGGAGUUUCCAUUUAACAGGCUUUAAUAUAAUCAUAUUGCAUAGAUUUGACUGGAAAAGAAACCAAACCCAAACUGGUGCUUGAGGCAAUAACGUCUUUGAUGUGGCGGCUUUCCUGUAAGCCGGUGUAGAUGCGGAGAACAAGGAGAGAUUACCUCGAGUUUGUUUGUCUGGCUCGGUUUCACACUGAGCAGUGAAGUACUGCCUGUUUUCUUUACAUCAUAGCACAUCUGUUAGUGUUCAUGCCCGGACUCUAACCGACUCUCAAAGAGCAACAAUAAUUGUUUAGAGGGCAAAGAGCCAUCAGCUUCGUCACCAGCCGCAGUGGUCGCCAGAGGAAACAAACACGUGAGAUGUGAUAUCUGCACAUAAAUCCGCACAAUUUGUAGACGAGCUGCAAGAUCUUUGGUAGUGGAACAUUUCUGCUUUUCAUUUGUAGCUGCUAGAAGUCGGAGUUCCCUUUACCAAUCACCUUUUAGCAGACUUUGUUUGCAUGGAUAAAGUAGCAUGUGUGGAGAGCAAAAGAGGGAUUGCAGUCCUUAAACCACUGGCUAUCAUCUGACAACUAUUUAGCUCUUUUUUUUUUUCUUUUCUUUUUUUAAAAAUUCAUCAAUGUUCAUAAAUGAUGACUAGUGCACAAAAUAGGAAGUUGAAGCUUGGCUGAUGCUGGAAUGCCUGAAAAAUUGAACAUUGUCCCCAGAGGAUAGGCUAUCAGAUAGUAGCUAAUGGACUCCCAGACUGGCGAGCCACAAACUGGCAGCUCCUCGAUGUUCCCCUCCAGUCUGACAGUCUGAAUACAUGUUAGAUCUCUGUGGCUAUAUUCACACUGGAGCGCAGUCUCAAGAUGAUUUUGCCUGAAUGAUAUCCAUGGAUCACUCGGUAUGUAAGACAUCAUGCUUUACACAAUUAUCCUGUCUUGUAUUUACAGUCGGAGGCAUUAUGAGACUGCUUUCCUGAGCAGUGUGUUUGCACACAAGUCCUCUCAGUUCAUCUGACGCGUGUAGGAGGAAAAAGGAGGAACCUUAAAAUGUAAAUAAGUUUGAAAUAAAUUUUAAAAACAAUUGACAUGAUAUUUACCCACUGCAGAGUACACACGGCUGAUUUUGCUCAGUUCAGACGUAGCCACGUCGAGUCAUUUUGUGGAAUAUUUCACACUUAAAGUUUUUAUUGUUCUAUUUCUGCACUCAAAGGAGGAAAGCCAAAAACACGAGAGCACUGUGUGCGUCGGUUCUGGGUCGUGUUGCAGAAUAACACUUCGCCUCGUUCUCUCUGUUUUCACUCACCGCUCCUGUCACACCGUCAUCCUGCAGCACCAUCAUGGAAGGUAUAAAACUGACCUGAGCCACAGCAGCAGCUCGUCACUUCAAGAAGGUGUUCCUUCUUUCCCGUCUCACCACUUCUCAGCCUUGUGGUUCAUUAAGUUGUAUCUGUUUUAAGGAUGUUUCUUUUUGUGUGUGUGUGUGUUUUUCUUCAGCCUUCGCUUGUGGUUCUUUAAAGGGAUGUUUUGUAACUAUCGUAUGCAAACUUGAACGAGCAUUUUUCUCUGUAUGUGCAAUACAAUAGACAUAGACCUCAUCAGUUUUGUGUCUGAUUCUGCUUUUGCUGAUUUCCAACAGCACCAGCCAUGAGUAUUGUCAAAGUACAGCUCUGCUACAAUCAGCUGCCUCUGUCGGUGGUCUUUGAAGUGUUUGUGUCGUCUCUGAAAUGUGUUCCUAGCUGUCGCCUUGACACUUUUCCCAGAGUAAAAUACCGAAACAUUAAAAUUGCCCGCACAGUGUCCAUUUGGCAUUCUGCACCGCUCAUCUUGGCCGUGAAGGUUAGUGUGUCGCCGGACUUGAGGGUGCUCUGCUGACCACUUUAUUGAUGGCGUCUCCUUUCACACCAUUCGUGCUGAAGCCAGCCACAAAUUGCUUGCUCUGUCUUCAGUUUGUCCUCUUUUUUAAUGUCUUUGAGACCGUUGUCCAAAUUUAAAGGGACCACAUGUUAUUACACUGUAAAGCGCUUUAAGGUGCCCUCAGAGAACUGCAAACAGGACCCCCUGAUACAGCGUAUGCAAACUACUGAAACCAGUCCCCUUCACGUUUAGCGGUUCAGUAUGGCAGUUAAAGGCAAAGUGGAAAUACCUGUGUGGUUGGACCCUUGAGGUGUACUGUGAAGCAUAGCCAGACUUUCUUUGUGUUAGCUGGCCUAAAAAAAAAAAAACACUAGACCUUCAGCCACAACAGCGGCUGGGGGUGCAUGCUCGCUAUAAAUGAUAUAAAAGGUGGACAUACCUUACAGGUCUGAAAACUGAAGCUAACACCAAAGUACCUUAAACCUGUAUUCUUUUUAAUGCCCACCGGGGGGCGAUACCUGUGGAUGCAAUAAGACUUGUGGUCUUAUAGAAUUCUAUGGGAAACCAGUCCUUGAACAGGUUAAAAGGGAGCUACUUUGUUAUCUCGUUAACACAUUAAUCUAUCACAGUUACUCUGGAAAUUCUCUUGUGUGUUACCAGUGCACAGGGCAAGUUAUUUCUACAGCCUUAAUUAAAGAUUGGGACAUAAUAAUCUUCCUGUCUUAAGAAGAACCCCUCAGGACUACAGUGCCUGUGAGACUCCCUCAACAUAUCUUAGCUCACAUCUGACUCGGCGUCCCGCAGAUCGGUCAGAUGCACUUUAAGGCAGGUUUGUGUUUUGCUUUGUUGCGCUUAUCAGUGAUUUUCAUUUAUCAGCUUGGCGAACUAACCCAGAGAAAAAUGUUACGGCUGGCAAUAGUUUUGUCUCGUUGGACAUGAAUUACUGAUAUCUGUUUUCCCCUAAACCCCCACUUAGGAGACAAAUUAUCCUCUCCACUUUGAAUAACAGGAAAAAAUACAAGAAGACCAGAUAAAAUUCAAAAUCUGAGGCAUGAGUUUAAGUGCCGAGUCAAGUAUGUCAGUCAAGUUGUGUUUUUGCUCUCGUAAUGCAAGAGCUGUUAAUUCAAGAUAAAUAUGACUAAAUACACCCAUAUUUAUCAUAUGAUAUGAUCAUAAAUUUGGAUUGAGCAGAGUCUGUCUGGUGAGCUGGAAGAAGGUCCAAAUCUGAUAUCAGUGUUAAAUGAAGCUCAUUGAUGUUAAAGAGAAACAGACAAGAGAGCUUAUUUUGAAUGUGCCUUUAAAAAAAAUAAAAAUAUCUGAAGACAGCCUCGGCGCAGGUAUUAUAUGUGUUUAAUUACCUCCCCCCAAAUUCUGUCCUGAACCGCUUCACCUCCUUAAGUUUGAGUUGAGUCCUCUGACUCAGCUUUUCAGUUAAAUCUAACCGUUUACAAGAAAUCAAGCGCUCAAAACUGUACAAGCCCAGCAGCUUUGAGAAGUGAGACGAGCAGCGCUUGAGUCACCUUUAUGAUAUUUUCAAUCAGCUGGAAGUGUUUUCAAAUGAAAAGGAAGACUUGAGAUCAGAGCCCUUAACCACACUUUGAGGUGUUUCUCAACCACAGACUGUAGAAAAAAACCCAAAAAACAUGGACAUAGCUUCUGGGUUUCAGCAGUGAAGCCAGUGUGGAAGUGCCUUAAAGCUGCACCCUCUCGUAUCGCCAGCAGGGGGCUACUCCUGUCAUUACUGUAGAAGUCUGACCCUGCUCCUCACAUAAUCUGAUCUCAGUAAACAUUUUCUACAUGAAUUUAUGGCCUCAGUCGCUUUUUUAAGUCUACAUGCAUACAGUCUGAUGUUCAGUUAAAUUAUAGUCCAUAUUAAGAGCCAUAAAGGUCUGUGUUAGGGCUACCUUCUGAUUGGCAAGAUGCUACCACAUGAGUGUGCAGUGUUCCUCUGUUUCGGAGUCAGAUCCACAUCUGACUCAUCACGUCUGGGGUGACGUCACUGCAGCUUUGUCCAGCUUUUAUAUACAGUCUGUGUUUGGCCUCUUUCAUUGUUCGCUGAGCACCCUCAACCUGUCAGACUUCAAUCAGGAGCAAUGCAAAUGGACACUGAUCGCACACACGGUCAACAUCCUGCCUACCGUCUCAAACUCAUUCAAAUAUACCUGCAGACAUGGAAGACUUGACUGAAAUAAAUGUGAUAUCACACACAUGUAUGUUCAUGGUACACAGAUGACUAAAUUUCAUAUUAAGCUGGUUAUAAAAGCCAUAACAAGCUGGCUAUAUUUAUUGAUUUUAUUUUUUUUUAUUUUUUAAAAUUUGAGAACACUUCAUACAUUAAUAUCACAGAAGUUAAAGCUUUCUAUUUGUUUUGGAACAAGAGCAGCCAUAUCUAAAGCACUCAAAGAAAAGAAAUCCUAAUGCAUAUUUUUUUAAGUUUAAGUCUGCACCACCCAAGUGUGUAGAAAAAGAUAAAUGACAUCCUUUAAUGGAUAUGUCUGGAAUGGCCUCUACAAAAUUA